AUGACAGAACCUAAUCCUCCUUUUAAAGUUAAAGCUAUAUAUGAUUAUAAAUCAGAUUAUGAAGAUGAUUUACCUUUUGAAACUGGUCAAAUUAUUACUGUUAUUGAAAUUGAAAAUGAAGAAUGGUAUUCAGGAGAAAUUGAUGGUAAAUCAGGUAUGUUUCCAAAAAAUUUUGUUGAAAUUUAUCAUCCAAUAGUACCCACUGCGAAUAGACCUGUUAGAAAAACUCAUACUCAACCAACACAACAAGAACCACAACCAACAAUUGGAAAAGAAGAAUCAAAACAAGAACAACCCCACGGCCAUGAAUCGGAAUCAAGUAAACCAACAGAAACUGUUGCUGAACCUAAAAAGGAACAUUCAGAACUUAAGAAGGAACAUACUGCUACCGGUAAGGUUCCAUUACCACAAUCUUACCACAAAGAAAAAGAUCCAUAUGCUGUUAAAAAACAAUUUGUUGCUGCUAGUACUUCAUCUUAUGUUCCUCCAGUUAAACCAAGAGAUGAUCCUUAUUCAGUUGCUCAUCCAGUUCAUGACGUUGCUAAAAAUGAACCAAAACCAGCUUAUAUUGAAAAGGAAGAAAAUAAACAUGUUGAAGAUGAUCAACCUAAAUUAUCAUUAAAGGAAAGAAUUGCAUUAAUUCAAAAACAACAACAAGAAGAAGCAGAAAGAGAAGCAGCUGCAAUUAAAAGAAAAGAAGAAAGGAAAAAAAAACAAGCUGACGAAAAAGAAAGAUUGAGAAAUCAAAAAAGUGGUGAGAAUGAAUUAACAAGUAUUAAAUCAAAUGAAUUAGUUGAGACUAUUCCAGAAGAGCAUCAUCAUCAUCAACCAACUGAGAAGAGGAAAUCACAUUCUGAACCAUCUGCUGUUGCAAUUCCAGGUAUGGCUAUUCCUCAAUCAAAUUUUCAAAAAGAAGAUGAAGACGACGACGAUUUACGAAGAGAAAUUGAAAGGGAUGACCAUGGUACUGAAAAUGAAGCAGAUGAAGAGCCAGAGCAAGAAGAGGAAGAGGAAGAAGAUGAUGAGGAAUUGAAAAGAAGAAGAUUAGUUGAAAGAAUGGCUAAAAUUUCAGGUGGUAGAAAUAUGUUUGGUAUGAUGGGUAUACCUGGUCAAAUACCAUCAACAGGCUCAACUAAGAUAACAAAGAAAUCAACUGAAUCACCAAAAACUUCACCAAUUGCAACCAAAGCACCACCAAUUCCAGUUUCGAGAGAAAGUUCAUCAAUGGUUGAAGAUGAUGAACCAUCAGAAUCAGAACCAAAUCCAGAAGUAAUUACUCAAAGUGAUAUAAAUAAACAACAACAAGAAGAAGAGCCAGUACAUCAUCGUCAUAGAGAAAAAGAAGCGCCACCAGCUCCACCAGAUCAUCAUCAUACUCAUACUCAUUCAAAAACAAAAGAAGCUCCACCACCGCCACCUCAAAUUCCACCAGUUCCUACAUCACCAACUAAUCAAAGAGCUGCUCCACAAUUACCAACAUCACAACCAGCUUCAACUAUUCCAAUUCCAACAUCAGUUUCAAAUUAUAAAGGAGAUGAAGCCGAUGAAGAAGAUGAAACAGAAACUUUUGAAUUUGUUGAUACUCCUCAAAUAGCAUCAGUAUCAUAUCAUCAUCCAAGAGCACCACCACCACCAAUUCCAAUUCAAGAUGAGAGUGAAGAAGAAGAACAAGCACCAAAAUUACCUACAAGAAUUCACAAUAAACAACAACAACCACAAUCUCAUCCAAGAGGUGCUCCUCCGCCAAUACCAGCAGGAGCACCACCUAUUCCAAUUGGAAUUCCACCAACUAGAGCACAAACAGAUAUUCAUAAUGUGGUACUUGAUCCAAGUUUAACUAGAAAGAAAUCACUUCAAGAAAAUAGAUCAUCGGAUCAAUUUUUAAAUGAAUUGAAAAUUCAAGCAAAGAAUGGAUUAUUUUCAACUGAUUGGUAUUUAGAGGAGAAUUUACCUGAAUUUGCAACCAGAUUUAAUUUGGAAUAUGAAGUUGAAAAGAAUAGUAUUGUGAAGAAAAAUGGUAGAGUUGUUGAUUAUUUAGAUUAUUAUAUUAAUUUUGGUGAUGAAGAUUCAACAGCUAUUUUGGAAUUAGCUUAUGAUGAUUCAAAUCCAAAUGAGACUAUUAAAUUAGUUAAUUAUUAUGUAGAAUAUAAAUAA